AUGUUUGGCACGAGUGAUACAAUAUGUCGUGAUCUCCUUAGGAUGAAAAUAGGUCCAUUUCCAAGAUUAUGUGCUCGUUUGCGAACCUAUGGAUUGGUUGAUAGGAAAUACGUUCGAAUUGAGGAACAAGUCGCAAUUUUUUUGAAUACAGUCGGGCAUGACCAACGUAAUCGCGCUGGACGUUUCACUUUCUUUCGCUCUGGUCAAACAGUGAGCUUUUACUUUCACAGAGUCUUACACUCUUGUCUUGGACUGUAUAGAGAUGUUGUGACUAAUGCCACUCCUCAUAACUCACCAUACGAAAAAGAAAAUGUGCAGCCAUGGUACUCCUUUUUCCAGGAUGCCGUAGGAGCAAUCGAUGGUACACAUAUUGCUGCGUAUGCGUCUUUAGAGGAGCAAGGUAAAUAUCGCAAUAGAAAACAAGUGAUCUCCCAAAAUGUUUUAGUAGCUUGCACAUUUGAUAUGAAAUUUACUUACGUGCUUGCCGGUUGGGAGAGAUCCGCACAUGAUGGUCGAUUGUUACGGAGUGCAAUAUUACGCCAAGGACAUAAGCUAACAAUUCCUGUUGGUAAAUAUUAUCUUGUUGACGUUGGCUUCCCAUCGGUUUCGAGUUUUCUUGCACCAUAUCGUAGGACUCGUUAUCAUCGUAGAGACAUUGAAGGUCAACGUCCUGAAAGUAGUAAGGAAAUUGAUGACGUUGAAGAUGUUUGUGAGGAGGACGACUUAGAUAGUAGUGAUGAUGAGGUUAACCCUACGCAUGUUGAUGUACCUGAAGAUGAAACUCCAAAUGCUGACAUAUCUUUCACAAAUCAGGAAGUGUGGUCUAAUAAGAGGAAUGCGAUUGCUGAUUUAAUGUGGGCUGAUUAUCUUCCCAAUCAGAAUGCGGGAAUUGAUGUUGCUUGA